AUGGAGUACCUGCUGGAGGGGCUGGCCGCCGAAGCACAGAAGCAGGGACAACAGACCCGCUACAAGGCGUACCUCACAGCCUUGCGAUCGAUGCAAAAGUAUCCGCUCCCGCUCAAGAGUGGGCAAGAGGCCAUGAUGCUCGAGGGAGUGGGUCCGAACAUAGCGUUCAAGCUGGAUCAGCUCCUGCCUCGUUUGCACAAGGAGAUUGAGAAGAACAAGCGUACCGCCACCACCAAGACGACGACCUCUCGCACUGCGGGACACAAGCGUACCCGAGAGGGUGACGAUGCGCCAGCUGGGCCAGAUGAAAAUGCGAGCGAGAGCGCUCACAACGCCGGCCCGCGUUUGGCGGCCAGCGCAUCGAGAGAAGCGACAGAGAGACCCGAUGAGCCGCCCAACAAGCGGCCGCGCAGCAGGGCCUACACGCCUCGCCUUCGCUCCAUUCCGUAUGCUGUGGUGAUGGCACUGAGCCGAGGCCCGGCCGAGGACCCGAUGAGCCGAGCCACGCUCCUGACAACAGCAGCGUCAUUCUGCGACUCACCUGCAGUGACGGGCGACAAGGAGGACGGUGCGUGGAAGACCGCCAUUUCCACGCUGGUCAAGAAGGGAUUCGUGCAGCGUCACCCGCUGCGAUCAACCCCGCACUACUCGCUCACCACCGAGGGCGAGGAGCUGGCUGAGCGCCUCUCCCGAACCACCACCACCACCACCGGCAAGGAGGAUUCGGCACCCGCUCCUCGCAGCGUGGUUAGGGCGGCGACGGCGGUCUCAUCGGUUGCCACGGCCAAGGCGUCCGCUAGCGCUGGACAGCUCCACGGGCACGAUAGCAACGAGGAGAGCUGCGACAUCGACGCCGACGACGACGACAACACCGGCUACCGGCGUUCGGCCGUCCAGAGCAAGAAGAAGGCAGCGCCCUCGGGAAAGGAGCGACGCCGGCCGCCGAGCGAAGACGAGGAUAAGGAGAACAGAGAGAACGGCGCCGGCGGAGUGACACAAGGCGGCUGGGAGAGCAGCGGCAAGCAGACGUCGUCGUCGCUGUCGUCGAGCACCACCAAGCCGCGGGUCACGAUCGACCUCUGCGCCUCGCCCUCGCCCUCCGCUUCGCCCUCGUACCACCCCCACCACGACUACAACUUCGACUACUCGCCGCUCGGCGCGUACCACCGCCUUUCCCCCUACAGGGGCCUGACCCCCGCCUCCCCGAACCGCCUCCUCCAUCCCUUCCUGCACACGCAGCACUCGUCGUCGUCGUCGACGACGAUGGCCCACGCCGGCGCCUCGUCGCCCGCGGCGCCCACUGCGCCCUACAAGCCCAGCUUCCGCUUUGGCUACGUCAACGAAGACGAGCAGUGGUGCACCUACCGAUGGGAGGCCGCCGAAAAGUUCCACGAAGGCGAGCGCUACUAUCGCAUUUCGACGAUGCAGGACCCCACGCUGUGGGACAGUCACUAUCGGCUGCUGGUCUCGCCCUUCCGCAAGAGCGCCGCCACCAAUCUCCACAGGGCGUGGCUGCGCGAGGACGAUGCGCCCGUGUGCGCACGCGCGCCCAUUGUUGCGGAGGACGCGGCGACUGGGCCUGUCGCCGAAGCCGCCGCUGCCGCCGAAAGCGGGAGCGACCGAGAGAACGCGACGCGACUGCCCACAGGCAAACGCACCAGAGGCGGACUCGCGCGCCGGAACCUCACCACGGAGCUCGACGAUGUGGUGGCCGACGGCAAGACGACCACGAAGGCGGCCACCGCACAGGCCGCGUCGCGCAAGCCGAAGCGGGGCAAAAAGAACGUCACAGAGAAAGAAAGCGAAAGCGAAGAACGAGAGAGCGAAAACGAAAAAGAGCGAAAGCGACGAGCGGCGAGGGGGCAAGCGGAAGCGACGACCACGGCCCGCCAGCGACAGCGACGUCGGGCGCUGCCGCGGGACGCCUACGAGGUGGUGAUGCUGGUCGACACGCGCGAGAUCGCCGGCAAGGGCAACGCCAAGGGGGGCAAGAGCCGCAAGACGAUCUUCCAGGAGAUGGUCAAGCGCGGCAUCGCGUGCGAGGAGCGGAGCCUCGCGCUGGGCGACUUCAUGUGGGUCGCGCGCGACAAGCGGCGCGGCACCGAGUACGUGAUGGACGUCAUCGUCGAGCGCAAGAAGGUCGACGACCUCUGGGCCAGCAUCAAAGACGGCCGCUACUACGAACAAAAGUUCCGUCUGGCGCGGAGCGGGGUGGAGCGAGUGGUGUAUAUUGUGGAGGGCGCGCUGCAGGCGGGCGGCAAUCCGCACAAGACGUGGAACCAGCUGCCGGUGGACACGCUCGAGUCGGCCCUGGUGUCGACCCAGGUGGGCAACGACUUUGUGGUCCAGCGCUGCGCGACCCUGCGCGAGUCCAUCUCCUUCCUCAAGUCGCUCACGCGGCAGCUCACCGCGCGCACCGAGCCUAUCACCCUGCGCGACGAUGAUGAAGACGACGACAACGACGACGAGCAGAAAGAUAACGAUGGCGCCAAGAUCAGGGCGCUCUGGGAGAUCGGCCGAUGGAGCGAGAAGGUCUCCAAGAGCGGCAACCUCACCAUCACCGACGUGUUCGCCAAGCAGCUGCUCCAGAUCAAUGGCGUGUCGCCGGCGAAGGCGAAGGCGAUCACGGAUCGCUACGCAACGCCACGCAAGUUGGCCAAGGCCUACGAUCGGUGCGCGGACAAGGCCGCGCGGGAGGCGCUGCUGGCCCAGCUCACCGCUGGUGGCCGCAAGCUCGGACCUGUCCUCAGCAAACGCGUUCACGACGCCAUGUGGACCACCAUCACACCCUCGCGGACCAAGGAUGACUAG